AUGUCAGUACCUCGGACACGUAAGGUGGUCGCCAGCGAAGACGGGCCGCGAGCUCGUCAUCCCGUCGUCGCCAAGUCGUCCCCUGAUUCCAUUGCAUGCAAUGUCCGCACAAACCCACAGCCUUUACGAAGUAGGAGCAAAAAUAAAAUACCCAAAAGUGUGCGCUACGACUUAGAGAACGCUUUAGUUAGUUUGUGUGACGUGUGGUUUGAGGAGAUCAAGCCGCACCUGGUACGCAACAAUAUAAAGCUGCACGUGCACGGAAGUAAUGCGGGCGGGGACCACCAGCGUGUACCAGAGCCCGCGCCGACUGCCCCCGAAGCGCCCGCCUCGCCCGGCUGUUCUCACCUCGACCCAGCAUCGUCCGCGGCGGAGUGCGAGCUCUGUCGGCUGCUGUUCAACGCUGCCAACUGCAUCGAGAGCGCGGUGUGCCAGGCUGCAAACGCCCAGCCGUCGCCCCCUGUCACCGCUUCUUUCAGUGCCACAGACUCCUCACGAAUGCGAACAGGCGGGACACCUGAUAUGAUAUCUGAUAAUCAAUCGACAUCGCCCAAGGACAUUCGUAACACCAAAGAAGAAAAUCAAUCACACAAUUGUGAAGAGAAGAAGCUGGAGCGGCCACGUAGACGUAGGAGACAUCGCAGAUCCCAGCCAGAGGCGAGCCGGCGCGUGCGCAGGCUGUGCCACACAUACCGCGCGCAGGGCGCCGACGCCGGGAGGUCUGCAUCCCACGCACCAACCUCGCAGCCUUCGGCACCGACGUCAUCCCGCGACCACUAUGUAUAA